AGAUAUAAUAAAGAAUCACGCAGAGAAGGGAUAGUCAUACUAGUAUAUAUAAACCAAAGAAUCCAGUUGACUUCCUAAAGUUCUCUCGCAAAGUUCCGCAGCGCUUUCCAGGAGCAGUUCAGGUUUCGAGAAAAAUUCCACACAGCUGUACCAACAUUACGAAGUAUUCUAACGGUGACCACAAUACACGAACAGCAUCAUACAUGAGAAUUUUAAGUUGUAUCAUUCAUAAAAGAAAAAUCUCGAAUAAUUGAUUAGUUGAAACAAAAACUUUCACAAGAAGGAAACGUGUUUUGAAGAAACAACAUCUAGAAAAAUAACUGCAACGAAAGAUCAAAAACGAAAUUUAUAAGAAUUCCAGAGGAGUGACCGAAGAAUGCAGAGCAUGUUUCGUAUAGGUUUCAUGGUGUUGCUAAACUUAUUCAUUCUCACCAGAGCUGAAGAACCAACACGAAUGUUACUCUCCAGUGAAAGAGAAUCUCGUCCAGUGGAAAACGAGGAAAGUGCCCCAGAUCUCAAGAAACGAUACAUUCUUCACUCCGUUGAAUAUCCAGGACUUGAUCCAGAAGAUCUUAUAGAAACUACAUCUUUGGAUAAGCGAGGAUUUGAUUCAAUCGAUGGAACAGGUUUCCGUUCAAUGGGGAAACGACCUUUUGAUUCCAUAUCGGGGAGUUCAUUUUCACAAUUAGGAAAACGAAAAUUCGAUUCCAUUUCUGGGGGAGCAUUUAGCCAAAUGGGAAAAAGGCCUUUUGAUUCGAUUGAUGGUGGUUCAUUUAAUACAAUGGGUAAGAGAAAAUUUGACUCCAUUGCAAGCAGCUCAUUUGGUGGCAUGGGUAAACGUCCAUUCGACUCUAUAUCUGACGGAAUGUUCAACACAAUGGGUAAAAGAAAAUUUGAUUCGAUCUCAGAUAGUAAUUUUGGUAGCAUGGGUAAGCGUCAGUUUGAUGCUAUCAGUCAUAGUCGUUUCUAUAAAAUGGGAGAUGGAGCUGGAUCCAGACUCUUUCGAAGAAAUUUCGAUCGUAUUUCUGGUAAUGAAGGAUUGUCGCCUGGAUUCCCAAGAUUAAUAGGAAGUCACGUGAAACGUCCCUUUAAACUUUACAGACCAUCCAAAAACUAAAAAUGGACUCUGAGACUGGAUUUAGAGAAAUCAAAACAAAUAAAUAAAUGCAUCAGUAAAAAUGUAAAAAGCUGAGAACCAGCAGAACAGCAAAAUGUUACUACUCCGUACCGGAAAGUGAGAACAAUAUGUUAAAAAA